AUGCGGAUGAAAAGGCAUUUUUCGGGUACUCUUUUGAAUUUCUUUCUUCGUUUUUUUAUUCUAAAGCUUUUAUUUCAGCUCUCAUUGCUGCAACAGGCAACGACCCAGGCAAAAAAAAUUGGAGGAAAGCAAAAGGGGUUCGAUGAUGAGAUGAGAGAUAGUAUGUGUUCUACGCCUAAUGUGGGCUUGGUCAAGCUCAUGCUAAAGUUGGAUGAGCACGACCCAAGUUUUGUGACGGCCAUGGUCAAUUUCGCUAAUGUGAACAAGCAGAAACCAUUCAUCUCCAACGACAAAAUCGGUACAACAGUUAUUUCGUCAGAGUAA